AUGAGGAGCGGCAUGUGGAGCCAUCGCCUGGCCCUGAUCUGCAUAGUCUCCUUGCAUCUAUGCAUCAACGUGGAGAACUCAUCGCUCCUGACGUAUCAGCAUGUCGGACACACCAAGUGCUCGCACGAACACGGGCAGGAUAUGCAGGAGCCCUGGUGGGCACAUGUUGGGGAUGCAGCCAGACUUCGAGGAGGAUACUUGGACUCAGAUUCAGAGUUCAAAAUAAACGUGCCGGCGCGGCCGAUCGAGCUUUACGACGACGACGACCCCUACUAUUUCAACGUCACACAAGUUAGUGUCAUGGAGGAAGUGAGGAAAUCAUUGGACCCGGAUGUCUACCCUCCUGAGCCUGUUCAAUAUGGGGAGGAUGGAGAUAUGAUUUAUCCCGAGCCUAUGUCGCUAGAAACCUUCGGCAGAAUCAAGCUGUUCAACGACAGGCGUGUGCUUGAUGAGGAGACUGGAAGGCUGUUGACGUCGAGAGAGACCGAGAAGCGAGGACUAUCAAUCUUCAAGAGGAAGCCGAAAGGAAAGAACAGCCUCGCUAAACGAUGCGCAUGCGGAAACAAGACGCCUUGUCUGGGCAAUGUGGUGAUCACAAGAGAUGAGAACAACAAGAUACAUGAUUACUCCAAGUACCGUCAACGUGUCGGAGAUCAUAUCUUCAACAAGGUGAAGCCCCUUCCAUCUCAGCAGACUAUCUCUGAUGACCGGAAAGCCGUUGGAAGAACUGAGGGAGUUGCACGACGAGAAGCGAUGGAUGCAGAAAGUCAACGCGCCUUGUUCGUUCUGCAAGAGGAGGAUUCCUCUGAGACUGUCAAGGAGAUGCUGCUGGUGCGCCAUGAGAUGGAAGAGGACCUGAAGCGAGCCGACGUGAUUGGGAUGGACGAGAAGACAAGGGAGAAGAAAAGAAUCCAGCUCAAGGAGCUGACACAGAGAAUCGAUCAGAACAUUCUCUACGCUCCUUUCACUAUCAAAGUCGGAAACAAGAACUACACCUUCAACCAGCCGGGAGCAGCCACAGGACUUGGUGAAUUUGAUGAACACGAUUACGACUUGGCGGUUGAUAAACUGCCGGCACCGCCCGAGGGAGAUUUUAUUCGCGUUCCAGGCAAGAACGGUCAGACUAUCCUCCUCGAUCCUGGCCUCCACUUUUGGUACGGCAAGACGUUCGUUCACGCUACCAGCUCGAAGAUCCCGAUGCUGUGGGAGGACGAGCAUCGAACUGUCAACGUGGGACCUCUCAGCAUGCAGGACGGGAUGGAGGAGCAAAAUGGAGUCAUCUAUGAGAUCCAAUCGUUCACGGACGAGAACGACAACCAAACGACUAGGGCGCACAAUAUCACGCUGAGGAGAGACGUGUUUGCGCAUGGGAUGUGGUUCCUUUGCGAAGAGACUUCCGGGCUCUUCCACCACCUCACUUGCUACACUCGAGCUGGAAGCUAUCCGGGGAUGCAUUGCGACCUGAAACCUUCUGUCCAAAACCAGGAGCCAGUUGAAGUCGGGGAGAGGUUUCGACCUCGAACCCUGACGGAGGACUGUUUCCUGAUCAUGGGGAGCGGAUGGAAGUUCGUCUCCUGCGACAUCUUUUGCCUCGACGGAGUUGCCGUUUACGCCGUCGAUGUUAGCAACUCCUCCUUCAUCGACUGCGCCAUCGGCGGUCCCGUCUACCUCGACCAGCCGGACAACGAGUGGGAUCGGCUGGAGCUCGCGUACAUGGGUGUGAGGAUGGAGGGGGCCGCCAUAGCGACUUUGGUCAGGUGUGUCAUACAGAAGACGCAGAUCUACGGUCUCAAGGUCGACGAGUGUAACGAAGUUGUGGUCCUCGACUCCGUCUUCAACAGCAACGGGUGCAUGGGUGGCGCUGCCGUCGCCAUGUCCCGCUGCGCGGAAUGCUCCUUCUCCUCCUGCUACUUCAACGAGAGCGUGUCGCACUCUCCCCUGUGGCGGCACACGGCAGCGUUCGAGACCAAGAUCACAGCUCAGGGGGGAGCUCGGCUGCAGCUGAGAAACAGCACGGUAGUCGGGAGAAAGUGGCUGACGUACUACAGGCCCAAGUUCUUGGAGGAGGAGAACAACGUCUACCUCCCCGGCAAGCGCUUCUUCAACAACACCUGCCGGCCCGGAUGGGAACAGGCGCGCGAGGCAAACAUCGAAGACCCCGUGAUGGUGUCCGGGGAUAGCUACCACGAGAUCUGGUGGCCGAGAAAGAUGCUGCACAAGGCUGGGUUCCAGGACGGAGACUACCCGGAGGACGGGUACGGCAACGUGAGGGGACACACUGAGCUCGAUAUCUUCGAAGACGACCUGGAGGAGGUGGAGAUUAUGCUGAACAGGAGCAAGGAGAUCAUCCUGCAGGACUGGGGAUGGGAAGGGACGAUGGAGGACGCGUUGGAUACCUCUUCCCCGCGAGCAUUGAAUGAGGGGAAGUGGCUGUGGAGGGAGGAGCUCGAGCCGCAGAAUUACAAAAAGGAGAUGUCCAACCUAAGGAAGAGGAAGAAGAUGAUGGCGGAGAGAAGAGGGCCUGUCGUGUCUCGGUUCUCUCAGCUCAUGAACUCCUCCUCCUCCUCGCAAACCAUACGCAUCAUCAGAUCCAUCGUCCGCGAGUCCCACCAGGGGGACCUGGCCAGCGAGUACUGGCUGAAGAAGAAGCUGCAGGAGGAGCAGGACGAGGAGGUCAGAGCAGAACUCCAGCAGGCAUUGAGCAACAUCUCAGUAGGGGAAGAUGAUUUGCGCGAGCUCAUCGGGCAGUACCGAGGGUGUCAAAUCGAUGAAAAGGGGGUACCGACCACCAACAUCAAGGUGGGAAGGUACCACAUCAUGCCUGACCUCAUCCCCAGCUACGUCAGAGCUGCUGUGUGGCCGUUCUUUCCCAUCUACCCUCAGCUCCAGGGGGCGCUGAAAGAGAAGUCGGCAGCGUCCACGUACACCGACCCUGCCGCCUCCCUCCUCGCAGUGCAAGCUGAGAACGUCAGCCAGCCGGGGGAUGACAGAAUGGCGGACGAGGAAGAGGAGGAGAAGGAGAUGGGGAUAGAAAAGCGUGAAGAGGAGGACGGUACGCUUCAGUUGGUGGACCAGGAGAGGUGGAUGAAAGCGCCUUGGUUCGAGGGGGUCAAGUUCGAGAACGGCAAGAUCGCCCCCCUCGAGCUCGACCUCAGCAACGAGACGCAGCUCAUGCAGCUCCCCUGCGAGGACAGGAUCCAGCUAGCCCAGCUGGGCUACGUGCCCUUCCCUACCCUGGACGACAUGGCGGAGGAGGAGAGGAACAGGACGGUCGACGAGUCCUUCCGGAUGUUCUCUGCCCCGGAGUGGAACCAGAUUAUCAUCCCCGCCCUGUGGGACUACGCGCACAAGAUGCGGGUGCCAAUCCCCAACGGCACCGAGAUCAAAGCGGAGAGGAGGAGGCUGACCAAGGAGCUGGAGCUGACCAAGAAGUACUUCGAGGCUCUAGAGCUCUCCGUCGCGCUCCACCUCGAAGAGGAAGAGUGGAAGAGCCUAUACCCACAGCUGGACCCGAACAAGCUCUUCGACCCCCCCAGCGACCGCAAACUUGAGUCCGUCUACGACCGGAUCUGCGAGCUGAGAGCGUACCUGACGAUGGCGGUGAACGACGAGAAGUAUGCUCUGAUGAUGGCGCUCUACCCGCUCGCCAAGGAGGUCGAGGUUGCGUUCAAGACGCGCGACCGGGCCAAGAUAGACGAGCUGGCUGCCCGGCACAAGAACUACGACCUGGAUGCGAAGAUAGCUGACGGCCUCAUGGAGUUUCCCUACUCCCUCAGCCCCGACGGGAACUUUGUGAUAGUGCAGAAGAGACUGAAGAAGCAGUUUGACCUGCUGCGAAGGAUGGAGCCUGGAGAGUCAAGAGGAGCAGGAAGGAGGAAGGGAAGGGAGGGCGAAGUAGGAGACGAGGAAGGACGGGCAGGCGAGGAGGGAGGUAUGGACGAUGAGGCGUAA